AUGCAGAAGCUGGCUCAUCAGAUUGAACGCAUAUUCCCACAUCGAUCGUACCAGGACGACCCAUCAACAGACGGCUCGGCAGAACCUCAACCGAAGGAUCAGACGAUACCCACCACGUCCUCAACCAAUAACCAAACAUACAACAUGACCAACCUCGCAGGCAAGAUCGCUCUGGUGACGGGAGGCUCGAAGGGCAUCGGGCGAGCGACCUGCCUAGCCCUCGCAAAAGCUGGAGCAUCAGUAGUGGUCAACUACUCCUCCGAUGCUGGCAGUGCGGAUGCCGUUGUGAAGGAGAUUGGCCAGGAGCGAGCACUCGCUGUCAAAGCCGAUGCUGGGUCCGUUGAGGGCGCCGAGCAGAUGGUGAAGUCCACGCUGGACAGGUUUGGAAAGUUGGACAUUCUUAUUGCCAAUGCUGGGAUCCUGCCCAUGAAGGAUAUUGAGAACACAACAGAAGCAGACUUCGACGCCGCUUACCGUUUGAACGUCAAGGGGCCUUACUUCUUGGUGCAGAAAGCAGCACCGCACAUGAGCGCUGGCUCGCACAUCGUCCUCCUAUCCACAACACUCUGCCACGCCUCGACCGUGACACCCAACUACCUGCUCUACUGCUCAACGAAGGGAGCGAUCGAGCAGAUGACCAAGGUGCUAUCCAAGGAUCUCGGCAGGAAGGGGGUCUCAGUGAACGCUGUCGCCCCUGGUCCUACCGGCACAGAGCUCUUCUACAAGGGGAAGAGCGAGCAGGUGUUGAACAUGAUCGCCGGUUUCAACCCUCACAAUCGUAUUGGUACGCCAGAGGAGGUUGCGGAUGCUUGCGUCUUCCUGAGCGGAGAAGGAAGUCGAUGGGUUACUGGGCAGGUCCUGGGUGUGAAUGGUGGUAUGGCGUCUGUUUGA